CCUGGCAGCAGCAGUACAGAGAAAACACAGCUAGGUGGAGCUACAGCCUCUCAGAAUGCCACAGGCUUUCAAUGUAAAGUGAAGAAAGAGAAUAGCUUUGACGGCGAACAUUCACAUCAUUUCACAGUGAAAUUCAGUCGACAUGACCCUAAGGAAUACACCGUGAACUGUGAUCAACCUUGCACGGUGCUCGAGGCAAUAAAAUCAACUGAAAAAUACAAGGAGAAGAUUAAAUGUGCAGAUGCGAACAUUAUAAUGCAGCUGGGUAAAGAGGAUAAGGAAUCUAUUGUUCCAACACAUUUCCCUUGUUCUUGUAUCAGUGAUGAUGAGUGUCUGAUCAUAUCAUGUAAAAAAGAAAAGAUCGAAGAGGCCCAAGAGCAACAGAACAAAAUAAUUUAUCCAAGAGACAGAUAUAUAGUCUUCUUCAUAGAUACCAUAGGAGGCGUGAACGCCAAAUCAAAGGAGCUUUUUAGAAGCAGUGUUGUCAAACAGUACAAGACUCUCUGUGUUUAUGGAGAGAAGGGUAUGACUGUGGAAGCAGCUCUGAAAAGAGACGGUCGCUUCAUUGAUGACCUCGGCAAAUUUGAACUGUCUGACAAUAAGAAUCCAAAUAUUCUCACUGACUGUACAGUAACAGUUGACAACCUUAAUCAGAAAUCACUCAAGAUAUGUCUUCCACUGAACAAGAGAAAAAGUGAUGAAAAACAACAGGAAAAGGAAGGUGCAUCAAAUAAUUUACAAAACGAGCAUGAGACAAGGUCAGUCGAAGAUGUAGUGAAGCAGAGUGGAGUCAGUGUAAAAAGAGCAGUAGAAAAGUCGGGCAGUGACAACAUAGACGAGAUUUAUGAGAUACUGCGUCAGCAGUUUCCAGAUCUGAAAAAAUGGAUGGAGGAAAGAUUCUCUGGUAAUUCGUAUGAGGAAGAAUUGACCCUGAGGAAGGAAGACUUUGGAAAGAUCCAACAGUCUUUUAGCGAAGUUCACAGAGUCAGGAAUCUGCUGAAACUGGGCGAGUCAGUUUGUAAACUCAUUGUUAAGGAUGUUUGUCAGGGAACAGGCUUUGUGCUGUUUGAUAACUUUAUCCUGACUAAUGCACAUUUAUUUGAAAAUCACAUUGAUGUCAAAAAGUUGCAGCUGGAUGUAGAUGUGUGGGCUCUAUUUAACUAUGAUGAUCCUGAGCCUGACAAAAACUUCUACCAGUUCAGUUGUGAGAAAACAUUAAUUGACUAUAAUGUUGAGCUAGAUUACGCCAUACUGAAGCUCAACCCUGAGGGCCCAAGCAACAAACAAAGAACAAGCACAAGGAAAAUAAAAGUACCACCAGGGCUCCUGAAGAAAUUUGGUCCAUUGCCUCUGAAUGGUGAAGCCUGUAUCAUUGGUCACCCAGAGGGAGGACUGAAAAAAAUGGAUUCUACAUGUAUCAUUGAGAAAGAGAAGAGGCUAAAGGCUAUCAAUGAUAAUUUACAGCCUUACACAAACAGUAAGUUCAUCAUCCAGCCAAUCAUUCAAGUGCUCAAAGCUCAAAGCAUUGAAAACAUAAUGAUGGGUGGAAGGGAUGCAGAAAAAGUAGUGACCUAUAACACUUUCAUGUAUCACGGCUCCUCUGGCUCCCCAGUGUUUGAUGCUCUUGGCCGAGUUGUUGGUUUGCACUCUGCAGGAUUUACCUACGAUACCAGUAUAUUCGACCCAAAGCGUAAAGAGAGUGUUAUAGAGUACGCCCAUCCUCUGCUUACUAUAUUUAAAAAGUUUGUGGGUAAUCUGGUGGAAAAGGGAAAAGAGCAGCUGUUGAAGAAAGUUGAGGAGGAAGCGAAGGAAAACAAGCACCUAAAAGAGGUACUCGAGGCUGAGAGAGCAAAUCCUGAGGAGCUAAUGGAGACAAAUUUGGUAUAA